UGCAUCUUUGUUAUGGAUUUUUAUCUGUGUUUGGGCAUAUUACCAAAUUUCUCACAUGAAAGGCUUACUUAGACAAAACUAUUUGGUUUUAGUAAUAUUGAAGUUAGCAGCUAACGGUGGACUAUCAUUAAUGGAUAUUCUUUUCUUUUUGCCCUCUUGGUGUAAGGAAAUUCAGGUGGUCCUCUUGUUAAUGUUGGCGGAGAAAUUGUUGGCAUCAAUAUAAUGAAAGUCAUAAUAGCAGAUGGGUUGAGUUUUGCGGUACCUAUUGACUCGGUUAUCAAAAUCAUAGAGCACUUCAAGAAGAGUGGGUAUAUUCUGAUUUUCUGUGUGGAACUAUUUAGGUGCCUAGAUACAAAUGCAUUGCAUACAUAUAUGAUAUGAUAUUCAGAGCAUUUUUGGUUGAUGGAAUGGUUAUUCCUUGGUCAAAAUAUAAAAUAAGGUAAAUUAGAUGGAGAGCGUAGCAAAUUAGGAAUGCCAAUUCCAUGCUUUUACAACUCUUCUUCAAGUAAGUUGGAAGGAGGAAGAAAUGGCUAAUCAUGUCUCCCCCAAGGUUUCAUCUAUUUCUUCUUCACACUCCUUAGAAGAAAAAAUUGGUGCAAGCAUGGAAUAGCUGCUCCUAAUGUGUUGUCCUCUCUAUCUAAUUUACCUUACUGAAGGAAGAUAACUAUUUUGAUGAACAUUUUGAAAAUUUAUUACCUUUAAGAACAUAUUUGAAAAUUAUGUUGUGAUGGUGGGUUGUUUAGGGGUGAUGGUGAAACUUGAAGGUCUUAAAUCAGCUAGCAUAUUGAGAUAUAAAAUUGUUAAUAUUGAAAAAUUUACACGUAUUCGAAGGUUUUUAUUUACCAUCAGAUCAUCCAUAAAGUGAGAUGUCAAACCACAGAAGGCCAUGUUGUAGAGGAGAGUCGUUCGGCCUUGGCUUGGAUUUAAAAUGCUUGAUCUUAAUGACAUGAUCAUUGCUCAACUUAAAGAGAGAGAUGUCACAUUUUCUAAUGUCAAAAAAGGUGUCCUCGUAGCUAUGGUAUGUUUUCUUCCCAUUUUGUUGUGUUUCUGACUUUCUGUAUAUGCCAGCUAUAUGGUAUUAAUGAUCUUGUUCCUGACCAUUUCAAUAUAUACAGGAGUCUUUG